GCUCAAUUUUCCUCCUCGCCGUCCUGCGCUUCCCCAAGAGUCAAUCGUCCAGGGAGCAUUCAUGCGGCGAGCCGUCCGAUCUGUGGCAAGACAACAGCCGUAGAUUGCACAAGGAAGGCUGGCAGCGUGUGUUUGAGGCGGCUAUCAUGACGGCUGGGACACGGCGACGACCCCAUAGCACCUCCUCCCUCGCGUGUGCACAAAACCCCGAGGUCGGAAAGGGGAGCAGGCCCAGGACCCUCUCCAGGACCCUCUCCAGGACCAGGGGCCACUACGAGACAUCGAAUCCGACCUCGCACAGGGGGGCCACGCGUGAUCUCGUCCCCUUCUCCCCCAAGCUGCAUCGCCCACCUCGCCUCUUCACCUCCCGGUCUCACCCUCCCGAGCCACCGACCCGGUCCAGAGCCCGCUCAAAGGCGCCUCGCCCGAGCCCACGGCCCCGGCCUUGCCCACACCCUCUCUGCCCAUCAUUGACCCGAGACUCCGCGGCCCGCGACACACGGUUCCGUUUGCCGAACCUGAGCCUCUUUUCCGAAGUCUGCCCAUCCCCAUCCUCCACUCGGGUUCCCCCCCUUGUCUCCAUCAGGAAUGAUGCACCCUGGCCUGCGCCACGGCAUCAGCAGCACCAGCCAGCAGCAAAAGUCGUCUCCAACCGCCACGCCCGACCAGCACCAUCAACAACACCACCAAACAGCAGCCGAGCCCCCACCUGUCUUGGGCCCGGACAGCGGCGACGAUGCCAACGUCUUGACUGGGGACGACCGCUCCGAUAAUGACCUCGACGACCAUCUCGAGCCCACUCGGAACGGCAAGCGGAAAAGGCCCAUUUCUGUCUCGUGUGAGCUCUGCAAGCAGAGAAAAACACCCAAGUAUCGAGCUGCAGCUGUCCAGCCUAUCAGGCGCACAACACGCCCCGUGCUGUGUGUGGCCGUGGUACAUGCUAUAAAUCGUAUCAAGAGAAUCCCUGAGGCCCUACCUCGGGGGUUGGCAGCAAUCACACUAUAGGCAUUCUGCACACUACGGCAUUGUUGCAUUUGCUAACACAAAGCCAACAAUCUAGGUGAAAUGUGACCGGGACCAACCAUCAUGCGGGUGGUGCACGCGCAAUGGCGCCAUCUGCGAAUACAAAGAGCGCAAGAAACCUGGGCUGCGAGCUGGCUAUGGACGAGAGCUGGAACAGCGUCUGGACAGGCUCGAGUCCAUCCUGCGAACUCAUCAGGAGAUUCUCCGGCCAUCCAUGGACGGGCCGGGUGUCUACGGAGCUGCGACCUUCCGUCAAGGGGCCAACGCAGCACAGAGCGUGCGCGACAGCAUCCAUAGUGACCAGGACACUUCCAUGGACAUCCUACCCCCGCUAUUCCCUCGCCCAGACAGCAUGCGCACGCCUCGGACAGAAACAGCUCUCUUUGUACAAAAGCCAUCCGCAUAUGCACCUGCACCGCCUGGGCAGUCUCAGAACCUGGAAUUUGCAAACCUGGGAGGCCACACCCCGACCCCGCACGAUGGAUUCCAGGCUCAGGCUGGGCCUGCAGGCAUCUCGCCGUCGGGAGUAUCACCAGGGCACAUGGGAGCGGCGGGCAUCUCGAGUGCGGCGGCCCAGGAGUACUAUGGCGCGGGCUCUACGGGGCCAUCAACGUCUGGAGGUGCAAUUCACUCGCCCAAUUCGACCAAGUCUCAGAGCCAGACCCAAAUAUCGUCAGACCAAGAGUUCCCGCCAUAUGACAUGCUCUACGCGCUCGCCGACCUGUACUUCAAGCACGUCAACACAUGGUGCCCGAUACUGAACCGCAAGAUAACGCUUGCGUCGCUGUUCGACUCGGCGUCCACGAUCGACGAGACGGACAAGAUCCUGCUACACGCCAUAGUUGCCACAACCCUCCGGUUUUCAACCGACUCUAGGCUGACGGAAGAGAGCCGGCGGCGGUAUCACGACGUGUCGAAAAAGAGAGUUCUCCUGUACGGCAUGGAGAACUCGUCGGUGAAGGCGCUGCAGGCACUGGUGAUACUUGCGCUGGAUCUCUGCGGCGACGGCAACGGGCCGCCCGGAUGGAACAUCAUGGCGCUCAUAACUCGAUCGGUGGUGCAGCUAGGACUUGCCGUGGAGAGCAACUCAUUUUCCGUAUCCCCAAACUACACUUCCAUAUACACCCUCAGGGCCAUGAUCCUCCCCGAGCCCAGAGACUUUAUCGAGGAGGAAUCGCGGCGCCGACUGUUCUGGAUGGUUUAUCUCCUCGACCGCUAUGCCACAAUCCCGACAGCCUUUGAGUUUGCGCUAGACGACAAGGAGAUCGACCGCAAGCUGCCGUGCCGCGACGACCUCUGGCUCAAGAACCAAAAGGUAGAAACGCGCUGGUUCCGGACUGAGCACCGCUACGACGAAUCGGCGCCACCAGACUACGAGGCAAACAAGCCCGAGAACCUCGGAGCCUUUAGCUACUACGUCGAGGUGCUCACGAUUCUGUCGCAGAUUCACAAGUUCCUGAAGCAGCCGGUCGACAUAUCCGCCGUCAGCGACGUGGAGGACUGGAAGCUGCGGUACAAGGAGCUGGACAGCACCUUGGCCAAGUGGAAGUUUGACCUCCCCGGCGAGUACAGCUCCAUGGCCAAGCUGUUCCAGCCAGGGGUUGCCAAGACGCUCAAUUGCGGGUGGGUAAUGCUUCACGCGACCUACCACACGGCUGCGAUCCGGCUGCAUUCGUCGGCAGCCUAUCCGACCACGCGCUCGCCCAUAUUCACGCCGUCCUACUCGGCCUCGCAGCGCUGCCACGACGCGGUCGAAAACAUCGCGGCGCUCGGCGACUUUGUGGUCACCAAUGGCCUGCUGCCGAAGCUCGGGCCGCCCUUCGCCUUCACCUUGUGGGUGGCCGCGCGACUCCUGCUGGUGCACGGGUCGACGGUGGAGCACAAGGUCAGCCCGCAGAUCGGCUUCUUCGUGGACGCGCUCCGUGAGAUGAGCCGGUACUGGCCCGUGGCGCGGCGGUACUGCGAGCUGCUGCAACGCGUGCUGGACGAGUACCACGACGCGGCCCGCCACGGCGACAGCGUCACGCCAAGCAGCGUCAAGAUCCUGGCCGACAUGCGCCGCACCGCCUUUGACCUUGAUUUCCUCAUCAGUCGCCAGCCGCAUCACAUGGCGCUGACGGCAACUGGCGGCAGUAGUGCCGCUUGUGCUGGCAGUAGCGGCGUCAGCGUAAAUGGCGCUGGCAGUCAUGGCCCCGGCGCCCCGGGACCUGGCGGCGCGCCGGUCUCGGGGCCGUACAGCCGCUACCCAAGCAUCACUCCGGCCAGGACGCCACAGCCCAAUGAGCUGGAGUACCUUGACGUUUUCGACUUCUUCAACUACCCCCGGCUGGCGGCGGGAGUCCCCGGCGACCAUCCUUCCGGAGUCCAGGGGAAUAUCGGCGGCGUGGGCGGUGCUGGUGGCAGGGAGAGCGGAGACGUGGCGGUCGGCGGCGGCAGUGGACCUGGGCCCAACGAGUUCAACAUCGAGGACUUUAUGGUGGACGCCAACCACGAUUGGCUGUACAAGCAGGAAGGAGGCGGGAAAUUCAUGAGCUGACGGGGCUGUGUUGAUGGAAUGUUGGGCAUUGUCAUUGGAGGGGUUAGGUGUUUGUUUAUUUCCUUUGUGGACAUGUGCAUGGAUGGGUAUUUGUGCACGUUGCUGGCACAGUAGCAUGGAGGAAACCAGGGAACAUUAAUGAUACCUAUUGCGGCUUACGCCAAGGAGCAGCCCUGCCAUUGUCGUCGCCGUAAAGGAAGGCCCG